AUGCGACUCUCUACAGCGCUCUUGUUUGGCCUCGUGGCUCUAUGUGGUGCCAUCUCGUUGCUUGGAAACACUACUGAUGGUACAUACGUCGUAUUGAUCGAUGAGUCUGGCAACGAAACCCACAAGCGAAUUUCCGACCCCCUUGUGUCUAUAGAGGACGCACCGCCCGUCUACGAUAGCCUUAUUGAGGAAGAGGAGUUGCACCGGAGACCUAUAGUCUGGCACAUUUGGUGUGGCUGUGGCUUUACGCUCGACCAUGGACAUUGUGAUGCUGCUGUCGCUGAUCUCAAGAGCCAGAUUGGUGAGAAGACACAAUACUGGUGGAGUGCCGCAGCAUGGUACUCAAUUCGAGGAAGCGUUGUUGCGUUUGCGUGUGCUCGCUUAUACCCAUAUUAG